AUGACUGCAUCGGACAUUUCGUCGGAAUUCUGGAUUUGUGGAUAUGGGAGCCUCAUAUGGAAGCCCCCUCCCUGGUUCGACAGAAGAGUGCCGGGCUGGAUAACUGGCUAUGUUAGGCGUUUCUGGCAGGUACGUAUCUUUGAACCUGAGGACCAUCGAGGAACUCCAGAAGCUCCCGGGCGAGUAGUUACUCUCAUUGAACGGUCUCACUGGGAACAACUCACCGAUCACCACGAUUCUGCUCCCGAUAAGGUAUGGGGUGUAGCCUACCGAAUCGAAGCCGACCACGUCGCAGAAGUCAAGGAGUAUCUUGACAUUCGAGAGAUCAACGGCUACUCCAUCCACUAUACGCCAUUCCAUCCUGCCGACGGCUCUUCUCCCAUCCGAACGCUCGUCUACAUUGGCACGCCUGAUAACGAGCAAUUUGUCGGCCCUCAAGAUCCCCAGAAGCUUGCCGAGCACAUCUUGCGCAGCCGUGGCCCUAGCGGGCUGAACAAGGACUAUCUCUUCGGCCUCGAUACAGCCCUGGCUGAGCUCUGUCCGGAGAGUGAAGAUGUCCACGUUAGUGAUCUUGCGCGCCGCGUGAGGGCUCUUGAACUCGCCGCCAAUGGAUCCAUGAAAGCUCCCCAAGAUCUGGACCCCGUUUCCAAUUUCAAACAAGACGCCAGCACACAAGAAGCGGAGGAGAUCGAAAAAGUUGUUGCAUAA